AUGGCGAUCCGCGCGUGGACGCUCUCGAUGGAGGACCGGGACAGGCUCAUCCGCGCCGCCAUCGAAGCGAAGGAGGGCUCGUACAGCCCGUACUCGAAGUUCCGCGUCGGCGCGGCGCUGCUGAGCGCGAGCGGGGAGGUUAUCAAGGGCGCGAACGUCGAGAACGCGUCGUACGGAGGUACGAUCUGUGCCGAGCGCACCGCGAUCGUCAAAGCAGUGAGCGAGGGCACCCGAUCCUUCGUUGCGAUAGCCGUAACCUCCGACGUCCCGCACGCCAUCUCGCCCUGCGGCAUCUGCCGGCAGGUCCUGCGCGAGUUCCUGACGCUGAGCACGCCCAUCCUGCUCGUCCCCGCCGACUACGCCGCACGCCUGCUCGAGGGCAAGGAGGACGGCGUGGUGGAGGCGACGCUCGAGCAGCUGCUGCCGAUGAGCUUUGGGCCGGAGCAUUUGGAGAUGGAGCGGGGACGCCAAACGUGA